AUGUGCUGCUGCUGCUGUGGGGAUGACUGCGAAUGCAGGCCGCUUGCCUUUCUGCUAGGCCUUCCUUUUGCCUUCGUCUCCCUCAUCCUCUCCAUUAUAGGCAUCAUCAUAUGGAUUCCUGGCUUGCUGUUGAGUUGCAUAUGCCCGUGCUGUUUCUGCGUGACGAUCAUAGUGGAGUUUGCGCUCGGGUUGAUCAAGGCGCCAUUUCUUGUGAUGGAGUGGUUUAUCUCCAAGAUUCCUUGUUAGGGGUUUAAGUUGCAGAGUUCUUUCUUUUUGCAAGGAGGGAUUGAUUAGAGAGAUUGGAGAAACAUGUUUGAUUGGUUCCGCCGUCGUUGAUCCUUUUCUUUUUUCCCCUGACAUGAACAAAGAUGAUUUAUGAAGCUAUUUCCCCGUCUUGAUCCUUUUGCUUUCUUUCUUUUGCAACUAAUGUGCGUCAUUUUUGGCGGUUUGUUGGUUCCGUCGUCGUUGCCACGUGGCAACGUUGAUGACUUGGUCAACGGUUUUGGUGGUGGGCCUGAGGAACUUUGUGGACCAUGGUGGUCCAGCCGUCCUGGGCCAUGAGUUG